AUGGUCCUCUGCUCCACAACAACAAAGAUGUCGAGGUGCCAACAGGUGGCGCUGCCGCUGGCCCGCUGCCUGCGACAGGGCCUCGCAACACAGCCCGCCGCGCCCUCAAUACACGCCGCGGCUGCACGGUCGUUUUCGAGCUCGGCGAGCCGGCGAGAUGUCGAGACGAGCAACCCCUCCUCGUCCACACCUGCCGCGGAUGCGCAAUCGGCACAGGACCUUGCCGGCACGACCAAGGCGUCGGCUCAGUUAAAAGAGCAAUGGCUCGACCCAAAUACCACGACGCUGCUGUGGGCGGAGAGGAGGCUGUUGAAGCAGGGCAGAGAACCGAUAGGGUCGCGGAGACGGAGAGCGGCAGUACGGCAGUCGCCAAACAUCCCCUUCGAACAAUUACCCUACCACUGCUUCCAGGAGGCCCGGAAAAUCCUGGCAGAGGACCGCGCGGAGAAGCUGCAGCAGCUGGAGCGGACAUCCACCGAGAUCGCAAAGCUGGAGCAGAGGUCAGGGGAUGUGUACAGGGCUGGGGAGCAGCACAAGGAGAAGAAGCUGAGGUCAUUGCGCGACCACCUCGAGUAUCUCAAGAUCCAGGCCGACAUCAAUGACCCGGCCGUGAAGAGGAAGUGGGAGGACGGUCUAGCGGACCUGAGCAAACCAAUCUACCGCCACUUUGCGCACGAGAAGUGGCUCAGCAUGUCUUACAAGAUCCUCGCCCAGCGGGUGAAGCAAUUCAACAUCGUCCCGGACGUCCUGGCAGAGUUCGACCCCAAGAUGGACGUACAGCUCUCCUUCCACGGCUACAAGGUCAGCCCGGGCGAGAUGGUCGACUCGCUGGUCUCGGAGGCGCCCCCGAACCUGCGCGUGCAGGUCUUUGACAGCAAGGAGCGGCUCGUGAGCAUCGUGGUGCUGGACAGCGACGUGCCCUACCCGGAGAAGGACGCCUUCGGGCCCCGCCUCCACUUCAUGGCCGCCAACGUGCCCCUCAGCUACGCCACCAAGAACAUCUCCCUGGGCCGCCUCUCCAGGGCCGCCGGCGCCGGCAAGGAGGGCGAGGAGGGCGAGGAGGAGCACCUCGCCGUCCCCUGGCUCCCGCCGACCAGCCAGGAGGGCGCCCCCUACCACCGGCUGUCGGUGUGGAUCCUGGAGCAGAAGGACGGCCAGAGGCUGGACGUCGCCAGGCUGAGGGAGGCCUACUCGGGGCGCGACGGCUUCAACCUGCGGGCCUUCCGCGGCGACCACAAGGCCUCGCCGUUCGGGUUCAACAUGUUCCGGACCGAGUGGGACGAGGGCACGGCCAAGGUCAUGGAGAGGCACGGCAUCCCCGGCGCCGAGGUCGUCUUCAGGCGCAAGAGGGUGCACAGCCUCAAGCCCCCCAAGAAGGCGAGGGGCUGGGAGGCCAAGCGGCAGGGCCCCAAGUACAGGCAGCUCUGGAAGUACACCAAGAGGAUCGGCCGCAUGUCUGGAGGCACGUAG